GUGCAUGAGUAAAUAAUGAAACUGCUGUUUAUAAAGGGGGUCAGUAGGCGCCCAACAACUUUCCCUGGGUCCCCCCCUAGGAGGAACCGGAAGACCAACAUGUAGGGUGUGGCGUAGACAGUGCAGAUAAACCUGCACUUGGCAUGACCAUAAACUAACUUGACGCUUUUAACUAGAAAGAUACUGGCUCACUGCAUUUACAGUACUUGUUUUUAUAAUGGAGAGCUGACCAAUCCCCGUUCACACUGGGAGGAGACUAGUCCGCCUUCAGGACACGCCUCUAUGUUCAAGGAACACCGCUUCAUACAUACACUGUUGUUAGCGACGUAGCCACUACGGCCAAUUUCAUUUUUGACAUUUCCAUUUGCAACCACUCCUCAGAAGUUCACUUUUUUGUCACAACCAGGCGAAUGUACGGGUGGUUUACUGGUUGGACAGCGCUACACUGGUGUCUGAAGUUGUUGCUGGCGGCAGCCCUGCGAGCUCCUUUAGGUAUGUGUAUGCAAUGAAGAAGUGUGUGGAGGACCAGGAACCAACAUUUGCUCCCCAGCAACCUCAGUCAUGCCAUCCCCCAGGUCAAAGUAUCACAGAGAGCUUCCAACACCGGGCCCUCGCCCCGGCCCCUGCUGUUAUAGAGACAGCCACAGACAACAUGCAGCCAUCCAAUGGCAUCCAGUAUUCUCUCCCCCAGGGCUACCAGGUGCCUACAAUUCCUCAGAGCACAAGUGGACAUGGACACACCAAUACUGCACCUCAUGUUGGUCCCCACACACACAGUCUAUCAGUUCAGUCUCAGGGUCCUGCAGUGGUCCAAAGUCAUGUUCAUGCACCCGCCCCCAUGAAUUCAACCCAAGGACAGCAACAGUUUCAACGACUGAAGGUUGAAGAUGCACUGUCCUAUCUGGAUCAAGUGAAGCUACAGUUUGGCAAUCAGCCACAAGUUUAUAAUGAUUUUCUUGAUAUUAUGAAAGAGUUCAAGUCACAGAGCAUAGACACUCCUGGAGUCAUCAACCGUGUUUCCCAGCUCUUCAAGGGCCACCCUGACCUCAUUAUGGGUUUUAACACUUUCUUGCCACCCGGUUAUAAGAUUGAGGUUCAAACCAACGAUUUGGUCAAUGUCACCACACCAGGUCAGAUCCACUACAUCACCCCUCAUGGCAUUUCUGUUCAGAACAACCCUGCAAGUGGAGCAUCUAGCCAACCUGCAAAUAACCACCAGCACCAGAGUCUGCCACAGACUGGUCCACAUACUGCCACCACCACCCAACCCCUCCCUGCCCAACCUGCUCCAAAUAAAACAAUCAAGCCAAUUCAGUCCCCAGCCCAUACUCCCACCAGCCAGCCCAAUCCAUCCAUCCCAUCUUAUGCCUCACCAAGGUCACCUUUGGUUCACUCCCACAUGCCAGUGAGCAGCAUGCCAUCUGGUGGGCCACCUCUCCAGAAUAAUCAGCCUGUGGAGUUCAACCACGCUAUAAACUAUGUCAACAAGAUCAAGAACCGCUUCCAGGGCCAGCCAGACAUCUACAAAGCCUUCCUGGAAAUCCUUCACACAUAUCAGAAGGAACAAAGAAAUGCUAAAGAGGCAGGAGGAAACUACACCCCAGCACUGACCGAGCAGGAGGUCUACACUCAGGUAGCAAGGCUCUUUAAGAACCAGGAGGACCUGCUCUCAGAGUUUGGACAGUUCCUGCCUGAUGCAAACAGCUCAGUGCUCAUGAGCAAGACUGCACCAGACAGGGCAGAGUCUGUGCGUAAUGAUCAUGGCGGGACAGCAAAGAGACCCUUACUAAGCAACAAACAAAGGCUGAGUCAGAACAGCCUGUCAAUCAGAAGACCCACUGGAGUGGGAGCCACUCCGCCUGUCAAGAAGAAACCUAAAUUAAUAGAGAAGGACCAUGGUAUGACUGAAGUUUGCAAACACAGCACCAGCACUGAAACUAUGUUCUUUGAGAAGGUGAAGAAGGCUCUUCGCAGCUCUGAGGCAUAUGAUAGCUUCCUGAGGUGUCUGAACAUCUUCAAUCAGGAAGUGAUUUCACGUGCUGAGUUGGUUCAGUUAGUCAUCCCAUUUCUUGGAACAUUUCCAGAGCUUUUUACUUGGUUUAAAAACUUCCUGGGCUACCGAGAGUCUAGUCAUGGGGAUUUGAGCCAUGCAGAGAGUUUACCCAAGGAGCGUUCAACAGAGGGCAUUGCCAUGGAGAUUGACUAUGCUUCCUGCAAGAGGCUGGGGUCCAGCUAUAGAGCUCUGCCGAAAAGCUACCAGCAGCCCAAGUGCACUGGAAGGACACCACUGUGCAGAGAGGUUCUUAAUGACACAUGGGUGUCAUUUCCAUCAUGGUCUGAGGAUUCUACAUUUGUGAGCUCCAAGAAGACUCAAUAUGAGGAGCACAUUUACAGAUGUGAGGAUGAGCGCUUUGAGUUAGAUGUUGUGCUGGAAACCAACCUUGCCACGAUACGAGCCCUGGAGACGGUGCAGCGGAAGCUUUCUCGCAUGUCAGCUGAGGAGCAGCUGCGCUUCAAGCUGGACAACACAAUGGGCGGCUCAUCAGACGUUAUUCACCGCAAAGCUAUUCAGAGAAUAUACGGGGACAAGGCUCACGAUAUCAUUGAUGGGCUCAAGAGGAACCCAGCUGUGUCCGUCCCCCUAGUACUGAAAAGGUUAAAAAUGAAGGAAGAUGAGUGGAGAGAAGCUCAGAGAGGCUUCAACAAAAUCUGGCGGGAGCAGAACGAAAAGUAUUACCUAAAGUCACUCGACCAUCAAGGCAUCAACUUCAAGCAGAAUGACACCAAGCUGCUGCGCUCAAAGACCCUGCUCAAUGAAAUUGAGAUGUUAUAUGAUGAUCGCCAGGAGCGAGCAUCAGAGGAACCUGCCACACUGCCACCAAGUGGGCCACACAUGACCCUAACCUAUGAUGACAGCCAAAUCCUAGAAGACGCUGCUGCCCUCAUCAUCCACCACGUCAAAAGACAGGUGGGAAUCCAAAAAGAAGACAAGUACAAGAUCAAGCAGAUCAUCCACCACUUCAUCCCUGACCUGCUGUUUGCACAGCGAGGUGAUCUCUCUGAUGUGGAGGAGGAGGAAGAAGAGGAGGAAGAAGACCUGGAGAUGGAUCAAGAUGGCCCCAAGAAGCAUAAUGGCCUUCUGGGCAGCAGCCCAUCAAAGUCCAAGCUCCUCUUCAGCAACACAGCAGCUCAGAAGCUGCGGGCAACUGAUGACGCCUAUAAUCUGUUCUUCGUAAACAACUACUGGUAUGUCUUCCUUCGCCUUCACCACAUCCUCUGCUCACGUUUGCAGCGAAUCUAUGGACAAGCUGAGAAGCAGAUUGAAGAGGAUUCUCGUGAGCGAGAGUGGGAAAGAGAAGUGUUGGGACUCAAAAGAGAGAAAAAUGAAAACCCAGCAAUUCAACUGAAGAUGAAGGAACCAAUGGAUGUCGAUGUAGAGGACUAUUACUCAAUAUUUCUGGAAAUGGUACGUAAUCUUUUGGAUGGAAACAUGGAACCAACUCAGUACGAGGACUCGCUGAGGGAAAUGUUUACUAUCCAUGCCUACAUUGCCUUCACCAUGGACAAACUCAUCCAGAGUAUUGUUCGACAGCUCCAGCACUUUGUCACUGAUGAUGGAUGUGCACAUGUAUUGGACAUGUACUUGAGUGAAAGUGCCAAUAAAGCCACAGGUGGCACACUGUCCACACAGACAUCCAGGGCCACAGCAGAGGGGGCAUACCAGCGCAAAGCAGAACAGCUUAUGACAGAUGAGAACUGCUUCAAGUUGAUGUUUGUAAAGAGCCGAGGCUCUGUCAGUCUGGCUGUGGAGUUGCUGGACACAGAAGAGGAGAACUCUGAUGAGCCAGCAGAAGCAGAUAGGUGGUCAGACUACGUGGGCAGAUAUCUGAACUCAGAUUCUGCAUCCCCAGAGCUACGUGAGCAUCUGGCCCGGAAACCGGUGUUCCUCCCCAGGAAUUUGAGACGGAUAAGGAAGUGUCAGAGAGGAUGGGAGCAGCUUCAACAGGAGCGAAUGACCAAGGGCCCCUCAGAAAAGGCACAGGAGGGCACCAGUGAGCUGAAGAUGGAGUGCAUGUUCAAGCUCAACUCUUACAAAAUGCUCUAUGUCUGCAAGUCAGAAGACUAUAUGUACAGGCACACAGCACUCACCCGGGCUCAUCAGUCCCACCAGCAGGUGAACACACACCUGCACGGGCGCUUCCAGACCUGGCUGGAUGCCUGGGUCAAGGUGCAUGUGACCAGUGACAUGGCUACCGACAGCCGCAAAUGGUUGAUGGGAGAGGGACAAGAAGGCCUGUUGCCCUGCACCACCGCUUGCAGUCCUGAGGUCCUCCAUUAUCUCAACAUUAAUAAGUACCGGGUGAAGUACAGAACACUGUAGUUUCUUCUAUCAAAAGGUAAACUGGCAGUGAUUGUGGUCUCACAAAACCUGCUAUUGAUCGCUUAAAAGAUAGAGUGGCUCCAUACUGAUUGCCUCACCCUGCCUUUCAGUUGCCAAGUGGUUGUCAGUCCACAGUUAAAAUGGAAUGUAAUUUUGCCAGAACUGGUUCAGGACCUUUGUCCUAACUUUCUACCUUGCAUCAAAUCCAAGUUUUUCAGGUGUUAUUGUUACUAUAUUGGAAAAACCCACCUGUGUAAUUAAUCUCAUUACAUUGCAGGUUUUUAUGGGAGAUGAAUAUAAAGAAAAGGCAUUCUUUAUUGCAGUCCUUGUUGGAGCACAGCUUACAAAACUAGUUAAGUAUUUUAUAAUAAGAACUCAGCAACCUAACGAUGAGAUAAAUGUUUUGACCUCAUGUUGUACUUUACAUGAAAUAAAAACAAACAACCUCAGCUUUUCUCUUUAGACAGCAAGAGCAGUACUUGUUACCUCUGUUAAAAAGUGUGUACAUGGACUUGGAGCUUAAACUGGCUUCCGGCUGUGAACAUGUAUAGCCUGUGAAUGUUUUCCUUUGUAGUGGUGAAGUUGCAGUAGUGCACUAUAAAUAUAUACAUAUACAUAUUUUCAACAACUCUGGCAACUGCUGGGUAGAUGCUUGACAUCAGUGCAAUGCCAGCGGUUUCUGUAUCAAGUACAGUAAUUUAUAAC